AUGUCGACAGCGGGCGGCCGUUCGACGCUCUCGCCAGGCUCAACCAGCCACACGUCGGGCAAAGACCUCAAGUCAGGCAAAGUGGUUAUAUUAAGGCUGUCACCUAGCUUACUAUCCCGCUUCUCGAAACAGACGUCGCGCAAGGUUUCGAGAGGAAAAUCUGGCUCCUCAGCAACGUCAACUCCGAACCCCCCAGCCGAAGAAAAUUCAUCGGAAUCAAACUCUCCUUCUGUCGCAGACGCAUCGGUCGAUGCCAAUAAUGCGACUGCACCUGUUGAAGAUACAAGGCGGAAAGGGAUUCCUGGUCCUAAGCCUGGCUCAAAGAGAGGGAUCGCCCUCGGUGCUGAUGGUCUCCCGAAGCCAAGAGGAAAGCCUGGCCCCAAGAAGAAGCCCCGAUUGGAAAAUGGCAUCAUCGACAAUGGUGAUGCUUCCAAUAAAGGUACUCCUGGUGCUACCCCAGGCGGCAUUCAUAAACUUGGACCGAAAGCGAAUCAAGGCGCUAUCAAUGCUGGCCUGCGUGCGCUGGAUCGGUCCGGCAAGCCUUGCCGCAAAUGGGCACGUAAAGGUUUCGCCGUCAAGAGUUUCACUGGAGUAGUUUGGGAAAUCAGUUCUUGGAGAACUCCCAAGACGAAGAGCAUUGAACCUGACAGUCUCUUGCCGAAUGGCGAAGCUCUUGGUGGUGACAGCGAUAGCAAGGCCAAUAUCGAUAGCAGCGCCGUCGGCAGCGAAAAGAGCAACGCUGGAGGGGACGUGGACAUGAUUCCUGCACCGAGCAUCGACGCAAGUUCACCUGUCCCCGAAAUCGCAACGCCUGCGUAG